AUGGAUUCCCUCAGAGAGAGAGUGGCGGUCCUCGAGAGUCACAGCAGACGUCAAAACAUUCGCGUGGUGGGCUUACCUGAAAAUUUGGAGGACACACGCCCAACCGUUUUCUUCUCCCAGCUCCUGGUUGAUGUAUUUGGGCAGAACACUCUCUCCACGUCCCCGAAGAUUGACCGAGCCCAUCGAACCCUCGCUCCAAAGCCCGCUCCAGGAGCCAGACCCCGUCCUGUGAACAUCCGCCUCCACUGCUUUCAAGUGAAAGACCUGAUCAUCCGUGAGGCCCGUAGAAGAGGACCCCUGCUCUACAAAGACCAUCGAUUCGCAUCUACGAGGACUACAGCCCGGACGUGUUGA